AUGGAACAGGAGAAGCGCGAACAGCUAGCGAAAUUUAAGCAGCUGGAGAAAAAGUGGGAUCAUUUCAUUCGGGCCGUUCAUCUCGAGGAAAUUCCUCUUCGCCAGAAAGAGUAUGAGGACAGCAUCGAAUCCGUUCGCCAGUUCUGGGAAGAACACGAAGUGGAACGCAUCGAAAAGGCGAAAGAAGAAAGAAAAAUGCUGUUGGAAAAUCACAAUCGACUUAAACGAAUCGACCAGGAUGCCAAGCAGUUUUUGGCGAUGGUCCGAGAAGCCAAGUCGGCGGAAAUGCAGAAGCGUUUUGCAGACUGGGAGAAGAAGUUGAAGAACACUCGUCAGAAACGACUGGAAGAGCGUCGAAAGGAGAGGAAGGAAAAGCGACGCCAGGCUUGGCUACAGGAAAAGGCAGAGGAAGAGAAGGCGAGACGUGCUGAGGAAGAAAACAAGGCGAAGGAGGAGGAGUACCGUGGAAAAGAAGACAUGCGUGGCCGCGAUUACGCAUUUGCCAAGAAACCGUAUGCCUACGGACAGACGGAGGACGAGUACGUGCCACCGUUCACCAGGGAUAAAUUAGGCAGACAGAUCGAAGGAAGUGAACCAUCCGAGGCAAUGCUUGCUCAACUGAAUGAUCAAAACUGGCGAAGAGCACCUCCAGCGGCUGCUGCGAAGACCCGUGAACCGCUAUCAGGCGAACCGGAAAUACGACCAUACGCAGCGCGAAGAAUGGUAGACGGCGGUCAUGAGGAUGCUCCUUAUGGCAUUCGUUCGAUAGAUGCGCCAAACCCGUUGAUUGAAGCCUCGGAUUGGCGAUCAAGCUUCUCCAGUAGAGCACGAGAAGCUCCAGAUGUUAGGGAGACAGGUCCUCCUCUUGGCAGAGGACCGCCGUCGAUGUCAUGGCGUAGACCGGAAGCCGCGGAAAGUGUCGUCAACGAUAUGAAAGAGCCCCCAAUUAGACAAAAUCCGUUUUUCGAGAGGGAAGAACCGCUCCCACUCAGAGAACGACCGAGUUUCGAGGAACGAAGGCCGUAUAUAAGAGAAGAUUUGCCACCUAGAGAACGACCGGGUUUCGAAGAAAGACGACCUUACGUUCGAGAUGAACUUCCUCCCAGAGAGCGACCCGGUUUUGAAGAAAGACGACCAUAUGUCCGAGAUGAAUUUCCGCUCAGAGAGCGACCCAGUUUUGAAGACAGGCGACCGUAUGUGCGGGACGAAGGUCCAGUGAGAGAGCGUCCCGUUUACGAAGAAAGACGACCGUUUUCGAGGGGGGAAGAGGUUCCGCCAAGAGAACGACCCGUCUAUGAGGACAGACGAUUGUACAACAGAGAAGAACCAUUGAUUACCAGGGAACGGCCUGCUUACGAGGAGAGGCGAGUGUAUGUUAGAGACGAACCGGGUCGCGUAAAGGAACCGACUAGCUGGAGACGAGGUCCUGCACCUGAAUUAUUGCCAGACGACAUGCCGCCUAGAGGUGGUCCACCGCUCACUAGCCGUUCAGAGAAUCGACCUUGGUCUGCAUCGAGACCUUGGGGCAGAAUGGCAGAUCGAGGUGCGCCGGCUCCGUCAGACGUUGAUCGAAAUAGUGGUAAGUACACUCCUUCAUACUUGAGGGCUGACCACGUUAUUUCUUGCUUUGGUCGCUACAUCCCUGUCAUUUGCUUCAAGGCUUAG